GAUUAACAAAGCCGCUCGGGUGGCGGCAAUGCAACAGCCGAGAGGCGCAUUGUCGGAAGUCGUGCCGGAAUGGAAACUGGUAGUGUACGUUCUCCUGCCCCGCUCCGUUGGAGCGGACCCUUUUGCGGGCGCCAAGCGUCUCAAACAGGCGUGGCCAGUGCCUGAGGACGUUCGAGUUCUGCCCGGUCUCAAGACACUUCCCGCAGACUCGCAGCUUCUGUCGCGGACUCAAUCAGGGGGGAACUUGAGCCCGCAACUUCAGCAGGAAAUGCAACAACUAAAUGGUUCAUGGGUUUUACGAGUGGGAAUCCCAUGGGAUCCCAUUGAGUUCAUUGGACAAGCAGGAAAGCUUGGGCACCCGUUUCAUCAAUUAUCCAAGAGCAACAAACCUCUGGAAGAGCUAAUUGAGCAGCUGGUGUACAAGCCCAGCGUGGUAAGAUCCAAGAGAAAGAGCUAUAUCGAACGAUGGAGCAGACGGGCCAAAGCCUUGGAGCCCGAAGAGGCAAAGCUGAAAGCUGGCAUGUCACAACAUCGAAGAAAAAUCUUGGACUCGAAGCGCAUCCUCCUCUUCAAGGAGAUGCUUGAGGACAUUCGAUACGAUGACAUUGGAGUUGUCCAAGAAAUCAUAGAAGGUGCUACCUUGACUGGUGACAUCCCAGUAACCGGGGUGCUUGACGCAAAACUCAAACCGGCCAGGAUCGAUGUUUCGGAGUUGAUGGAAAUCUCUGAGCAGGUCAAACAGCAAAUCCGGCACAGGACCGUUUCAUGUGGGAACAGGGAGACGGAUGCUCUGUUGUGGAGCAAGACUCUUGAAGAAGUGGAUAAAGGUCAUUUGGAAGGCCCGUUCGAGUUUGAAUCUGUCCCAGAGGAUUGCUUGAUCAGCUCCAGAUUCCCAAUCAUGCAAGGAGACAAACUGAGGCCUAUUGACAACUACUCCUCAAGCCUCAUCAAUGACACAGUCACCGUCUCAGAGAAACCUGUGACUCAUUCUAUUGAUGAGAUUGCGCUCCUCAUAACCAAGCUUUCGAGAGUCGCAAGGAAGAAGGGCUUGAAAGAACUGUUUGGCAAAACGGCCGACCUGAAAAGUGCUUAUAGGCAGCUGGCAAUCGCAGACGAAAGCUUGAGGUUCUCUUAUCUCGCUGUGUAUGACCCGACGGAAGACAAGCCUAAAGUGUUCAGGCAGUUGGCGGUCCCUUUCGGGUCGACGAAGGCCGUUUACUUCUUCCUGAGAGUGGCAAGAGCACUUUGGACCAUCUUAGUAAAGGGAGCAUUGGUACCCACCACAAAUUAUUUUGAUGACUUUGUGCUUCUGGCCUUGAACGGUGACAGAAGCUCGUGUUCUUAUGCGUUCAACGAAGUGAUGAAGCUUCUUGGUUGGAAACUUUCUGAAGACAAAACCACUGAGUGGAACACGAGUUUUGAGGCUCUAGGGGUUCUCUUCGAGAUUGACCAGACGGGCUCUGGCGUCUUGAGAGUAAAGAACACUGAGAGAAGACGGAAGGAGCUUACAUCUUCCAUCGCUGGUUUUCUUGAUUCAGGAAUGAUGACCCAGAAGGAAGCCUUACAGUUGAGAGGCAGGUUAUAG